CUGGCGUGUAAAAUAAUUAAAAUUACAGUAAAAGACAGACUAAACACAAGUAUGUACAGUGGUUGUUAGUACUUUUCAAUUUCUGCCCGUCUCUUUGCUUUCUCUCUACUGUUCUGUUUCACUUCAUCAUCACCAGAGUUUGCAUAGUAGCUGUGGCAAUUUAAAUUUGAAGGAGAAUUGGGUUGAAUCAAGAUGUUGGGGUUAUUUGAUUUGGCCUUUUUAUCAGCAAAAGCUAGUAACUUUGCUACCUCUGAUUACAGAUCAGUGGUGUCUGUCAACUUGUUUGUUGCACUUCUCUGUGCUUGUAUCAUUGUUGGUCACCUUUUGGAGGAGAAUCGUUGGAUCAAUGAGUCCAUUACGGCGCUUGCAAUUGGGCUAUGCACUGGAAUUGUAAUUUUAUUGAUAAGUAAAGGAAAGAGCUCACAUCUUUUAGUUUUUAGCGAAGACCUUUUUUUCAUUUAUCUUCUUCCGCCUAUCAUUUUCAACGCUGGGUUCCAGGUGAAAAAGAAACAAUUUUUCCGCAACUUUAUGACCAUUACUCUUUUUGGUGCUGUUGGUACUCUCAUAUCCUUCAGCAUCAUAUCUUUAGGUGCUAUCAAUAUUUUCAACAAAAUGGAUAUAGGUUCUCUUGAGAUGGGAGAUUUCCUAGCUAUUGGUGCAAUCUUUUCUGCGACAGAUUCUGUCUGCACUCUGCAGGUGCUCAAUCAGGAUGAGACGCCGUUAUUAUACAGUCUAGUUUUUGGGGAAGGGGUUGUAAAUGACGCCACAUCUGUGGUGCUUUUUAAUGCAGUCCAGAGCUUCGACUUAUCUCAUUUCAGCCCUCUAAUAAUUCUCCAGUUAAUUGGCAAUUUUAUAUAUUUAUUUAUUGCGAGCACUCUACUGGGAAUUGUAGCUGGACUUCUUAGUGCAUUUGUCAUUAAAAAGCUGUAUUUCGGACGGCACUCGACUGAUAGAGAGAUUGCUCUUAUGAUACUUAUGGCCUACCUUUCAUAUAUGCUUGCAGAGUUGUCCGAUUUAAGUGCUAUCCUCACCGUCUUCUUUUGUGGGAUUGUGAUGUCCCACUAUACAUGGCAUAAUGUCACCGAAAGUUCAAGAGUCACUACCAAGCAUGCUUUUGCGACCUUGUCAUUUAUUGCUGAGAUAUUCAUCUUUCUUUAUGUUGGCAUGGAUGCGUUGGACAUAGAAAAGUGGAGAUAUGUAAGCGACAGCCCUGGAACAUCAGUUGCUGUGAGCUCAAUUCUGCUUGGAUUAAUAUUGGUUGGCAGAGCGGCCUUUGUUUUCCCCUUGUCAUUCUUGUCCAACUUGUCAAAGAAGACUCCUACUGAUAAAAUUGAACUGAAGCAGCAGGUAACAAUUUGGUGGGCUGGUCUUAUGCGAGGUGCUGUUUCUAUGGCCCUUUCUUACAAUCAGUUUACAAGAGCAGGUGUUACUCAGUUACGCGGAAAUGCCUUCAUGAUCACUAGUACCAUCACUGUUGUCCUGUUCAGCACAGUGGUCUUUGGGUUGCUGACGAAACCACUGAUUUUACACUUGCUACCUCCCUCAAAACACUUGAGCAGAAUGAUCUCAUCAGAACCGACCACUCCAAAAUCUUUUACCGUACCACUUCUGAAUGGACAAGAGUCAGAAACUGAUCUAGACGUAGCGCCAGGUAUACCUCGUCCAUCAAGCAUAAGGAUGCUCCUAGCAAGACCCUCCCACUCGGUCCAUCAUUAUUGGAGGAAAUUUGAUGAUGCUUUCAUGCGUCCUGUUUUUGGCGGGCGGGGAUUUGCACCCUACAUUCCUGGCUCCCCAACUGAACAAAGUGUUCCAGAGUGGCAGUAAGAAGUAACCAACAAAUCCUUGGUUGCAAUGAGAAGUAACAAGCAGAAACAGAGACAUGGAAACUUCUGCUAUAUAUGUACAUAACGCGGUUAGAACAAGUUUCUUUCUUCCGUCACAAAAUUAUACAUUGUAGUGUUCGUCGGUCCGGUUAAGUUCUGCCUUAAGAUUCGUCAUUAAAUUAAGCGUCUAUAGGUAUAUUAAGGUUGAUCAUCAAACUUAGAGUACCGCAAGGUUGAUAUAAUUAAACUUAAGAGUUUGUACAUAAUUAAACUUUAGAGUUAUGCAGUUUGUUGCCA